AUGAUACACAAUAAAAAGAAACAAAUAUCAAAGAUUCGAUUCCGAGUCGAUGUGGCGCACCAGAAUAACAAAAGUUGGUUCACUCUCAACGAUUUACUGGCGAUAACUUUACAAUAUGGAAGAAUCGAUCUAUUUGAUUACCUUUGGAAUAAGUAUAGUUAUAUACAAUGGGAUUAUAAAGUGGUUCUCAACUAUUCAUUUUCACUAAACAGUACAGAGCCGAUUAAAUAUCUUUUUAAACGAUAUUUUGAUACAUCGCCAGAUACUGAUUCGUUGCUAACUGUACAAUAUCAGGUUUUGGGUAAUGCUGCUAUGGUUGGAGAUGUCGAUUUAUUGGAUCAUAUUUUUGGUUACUCAGUGGAAGCUGAUGAUCAGAAGCCGAGAUUCAACAAACUUCUUAUGGUUAAAGCGAUCAAAGGUCAACAUGAAAAGGUAGUUAAAUUCCUAGUUGAUAGGAUACCAUCGAUGUUUUCAAGCUCUGGAACACUCCCAUUGGAGUUUGCAUUUGAACAAAGAAAUACUGGAGUCAUUAAAUUGUUAAUUGAAAAGAGAGCAGCACGUCUUGGAGAUAUAGAACUAUUGGAAUGGCUGUACAAUAGGAUGGCUAAGGAACAAGAAGAUCCUCAGGUUUUCAAGUCAAUAACAUUGGGGACAAUUCCAAACUUGGCAACCAUUCAAUGGUUUGAAGCGCAUAGCUUUCAAAUAAAUUCGAGCACACCCUUUUUGGAGAGUUUGAAUAAUCGUUUCAACUUUUACAGAAUGGACCCAGAGCCAUUUUCAUUGGAAACAUUAAAUAUUGCCAAGUAUAUACAUUUCAAUAGAUCAGAAAGUUAUUCAGAGCGUGCAAUGGAGAAUGCGGUUGCGAGUGGCAAUUUAGAAUUGGUUCAAUUCUUAAAUUUCAAUAGAACAGAAGGAUCUAAGUCCAAUUUAAUAGAUAUCGCCUCAACAUUUGGAUUUCUCGACAUUUUACGAUGGUUGCAUUAUAAUAAUAGUGGAGGUUGUUCAACUGAAGCAAUGGACUAUUCUUGUUUACACGGCCAUCUACAAAUUGUUCAGUUUUUGCAUGAAAAUCGUAGUGAAGGUUGCUCAGUGGAUAUACUAGAUAAGGAUGAUGGAUCAAGCAAAUCAUUGGAAAUAUUAAAAUGGUUUUAUGAGAAUAGAACGGAAAGAAUAACACAGCCACAUAAUCUACUUACUAGAAUUCUAGCAACUCCAAUAGUCAAUCUAGAACUUUACCAAUGGGUAUAUGAACAUGUUCCACAGGAAGUUCAAUCAGAGAUGGAGAAUCCAGAACAUUUCUUCAAGUGCAACAAUUAUCUGAUCAUUAGAUGGCUUCUCAAUCUCAAAAAGCGAUCAAUGAGUGACCUUAUAAACCUUUCAGUCAGAAUGAAAUCAAAAUACCCAUUUUCAAUUCAACCAUUUAAAUUGUUAAAUUAA